UCUUGAGUAGUGCACAUUUUUGACACCAGGUGUCGUAUCAGAUCAUUUAGAUCGCGUAUAGGAAGACAAGAAUUCUACUUUCGGUGUUCCGUUUCGCACAUCAGAACGUGUUUAGUCGGGGUUGCGCGAAUUGUGAACGUUUUGUUUUUUUGUAUAUUAUUGGACAAGUGAAUCUACAAUGGCACCACCGAUGCAAAGUGCAAUUUGGACUUAUUUUAAACCAGAUGAUGAUCGAAAUAAAUCUCAGUGUAUAAUAUGUAAUAAAACAUAUUCUCGCAAGGGUCGUACCACUUCGUCUUUGAAAAAUCAUCUGAAAUCCAUGCAACCAGAACAGUUUAGUUUGUUCGAAAGUUCGACUAACGAAAAACAAAUGCAGAAGAUGAAAGCUGAUGCACAUAAAAUCCUCACUCCACUACAAGAAGCAAAGAAACAACUUUCGAUAGAGGAAGCAGUUCAAAAAGAAAAAAAGUGGGAUACUAAGAAUUCAAAUUCGAAAAAAAAUGACAAACUCAUCGGAGAAAUGAUUGCACUUCAAAAUUUAUCGUUUAAUUUUGUAGAGGGACUCGGUUUUUGCAGACUGAUACAAGAAUUAUCACCAAGGUAUAAUUUAAGAGGGCGCAGUUUUUUUACUCACUUUGUGUGCACGGAACUCCUGACUUGUCAUAGAAUCGCAGAAAACUUUGAUCGAUCAUUGAUUAUAUUGAAAUGCGAAACCUUCGACGACCGUGACUUACGCGACAUAAUUGCAGAAAAAUUUGACACCAUGCUUACUGAAUGGAAUAUUUCAAAAAAACAAGUGCACUGCAUUAUUCUUCACAAGAUGCAACUCGCUAUUCGAAGUGGUUUACAAUCGCAGGAAAACAUAACCGUCAAACAAAAAUGUAAGAAAACUUCGACUCACUUUAACCAUUGCUCAAAAACAACUGCAAAAAAUCGAGGACAGACUGAAUCAACCGCAUCUCAGAGUGUUUCAAGAUUGUGUAACGCGAUGGAACACAUAGCCACGUACUUAGACCGGCGCUAUAAGCACAAGUUUUUUACACCAGUGACCGAGGAAAAUAUUAAGGACGAUAUUUUGAAGAUUAGGACAAACAUAGAGAACGACGUCUCAAACUCUCAAAUAUCUCCAAAUUUCAAAGCAGCGAAAAAAAUGAAAAUGGGAGAUUCCCUCGUGAAAGAUACGGAACAACCUGGAACAUCCGGUACAGCCAGAAAGCCAUGCUUGAAAAGCGAUCUUGCCAUGAUGCUAGAUUCGUCAAGUGAAGAUGAGAGUCAAGAAAUAUCAGAAAAUGGUUCCCCUGAUGCUGUCCUCAAGAAGGAAUUGCUUUCGUAUCGAAAUAAAGCAAGGUUGAAUAUAAAUGAAAAUCCACUUAAAUGGUGGAGCGUUAAUCGUUCCGAAUUAAAAAUUUUAUAUGGAAUAGCACGCAGAUUUUUAUCGCCUCCACCAGCUAGUGUUCCCAGUGAAGAGUUAUUUAGUAGUGCAGGAUUAAUUUAUGAACCUCUGAGAAAUAGACUCGAACCUGAAAAGGCCGCAAUAUUACUUUUUAUUAAAUAUAAUUCAACAAUUUUUAAAAUUUCGUACUAAAAAUUUGUUUAUUAAAUAAAAACAUUAAAAACC